AUCUGUGUGAUACCACAUAUUGUUUCCUUCUAUGGUAGAAACAUACACCCUACUGUACUUAAUAUUGCAAAAGCCAUAACACUGAUUUCCUAUUAAAACUCUCAUGUAAUCAUUUUAAAUCAGUCGUGCCCGGUCCGUGAGAAGGAAACGACCACAGCUUCUCUGUCACAGUGGAAUAUUGCCAGUAUCGAUUCAACUUCCUUCUUUUUCAUACAUGUAUAUUCCAAAGGACCUGUUGGGUAACUGCAGACAUUACUCAGCCAGCAUGACCGGUGUGGAAAUAACUUAUGGGCUCAUUCAAACGACAUGUAUCCACACGGAAGAACAAAAGAACAAGGAAGGUGUACUUCCCAGGGCCACACCUCCUCAUGUGAGCAUGUUGAUAAUGUGAUGUACAGUCCACUGCCAGUCAGUCAUCAUAACCAGCAGCAUCCGUGCACAGAGGUAUGGCCCAAAAAGUGAACAUUGUUUCAAGGGAGGAGUGGGGAGCGGCUGCCCCUAAGCAAAAGGCGAGCCCUUUGAAUGGCCCGGCUCAGAGGGUUUUCAUUCACCACACUGCCCUCCCGAAGUGCACAGGCCUGAAAGAGUGCAAGGAGCGUCUCGUCAGCAUCCAGAGAGGACAUAUGACCGAAAGAUCAUUUGAUGACAUCGGAUAUAACUUUAUCGUCGGAAGAGACGGUACAGUGUUUGAGGGCCGCGGCUGGGGUGUGGUAGGAGCACACACCAAAUACAACAAUGGUGACUCACUAGGGAUCGCCUUCAUGGGGAAUUUCAACAAUGACGUGCCAAGCACAGAGGCACUGUCAUCAGCCAAACGGCUGCUGCAGGAUGGUGUCUCUCAGGGCUUUAUAAGCCCAGAGUUUGCCCUGCUCGGACACAGAGAUAAGGGGCAGACUGAUUGUCCAGGUGCAAAACUCUAUGCUGCACUUCCCCAACUGAAGGGCUCCAAAUAAAUAUCACUGCAGAUUAGGACAGGGUUUUUUUGUGGGAAAUUCUUUCCAUAUCUUAAAUCACUGUAUUCUUUUGUUGCUAUCUUGGGUAUCUUUUUAACUAAGGGGAGGUUUGUGACAGGUCCUGCAUGUUUCACAGCCUGUCAGAUAUUUCAUUUACAGCAGAGGGAGCCACUGUGUUGGAUGCAUCCAGUCAGCAUGAGUUGCAUGAAAUGCUUUUAAAAAAACAAAUGCGAUUGCAUUUCAUUUGACAUGCUGCCAGACUGUCAUUGUUACGGCAGGUUAAUCAUGCUGCUUUUCAGUUGAUUAGUCUAAGUGCAACAUGAAUAUAGCAGACUAUACAGUUUACUGCUUUGUGCUUCGCUUGAUAUCAGUAAUAAGCUGUGUUGUGAUAAAUGUUCACAUGAAACUUGUUUUAAUGUAUUGUUUCAGGUCUUUUGGAAAUAAAAAAUAAUAAUUUAUU